UUAUUUGUGUAUUUUAUGGAUUUUAUUAGAUCAAUCACCCAAAGCCAGAAGAUGGAUGGAUUGCAGAAUACUCUGGUUAAAAUCACUACCAGUAAUAUUAAUAAUUCUUCCAGUUCUGCCAUUUUAGCAGCUCAUAAUUUAGACACCAUCAGGGAUGUUAUCAACAUGGCAUUGCCAGGGCUAGGAUUAACUGGCUCAGAAAGAGAUUACCAGCUGUGGGUCCAUUAUGGUAAGACUGAGGCCCCAUUCCCACUCAUGGGCCAUGAAAAUCCAUACACAAUUCAGGAGCACUAUUAUCGAACUUCCAUCCGUCAGUCCGCACUGGGGAAGCCCACCUCUCCCCAUAUCCUUCUGGAGUCCACCCCAGAGAUCUUAGCUGAUGGAAAACUGCAGUUUAUCCUGACAUGCCAGGGCAAGCCAAGACCCCAGCGUAGAGGUGCAUUUUUCAGAAAUUAUUUGUCUUGCCUGGGCGCUGCAGCAAGCCAGGACGGCCUGUCUCUGGACACUGAUUCUUCUGCACAGCCGGUUAGGCUUCAAAUGAAUGAUCUUACAGCAAUCAUUUUGUUAGGUAUCAUUAUGAUCGUUAUGCCUCCUGAGCGCUGA